AUGUCUGAGAUUUCACGCUCUAUUGCUGUCUUGUUAAGUUUGGGGUUUUGGGCUUUUUGCAGAGCGCAGUCUCGCCCUCUGCCUGAGGCUGCUGCUUUCAUGCAGGAGAGGCAUCAGCUGUGGAUGAGAAGACAUGGAAGAGUGUACACGGACAGCGCAGAGGGAGAGAUGCGUUUUAAGAUAUUCAGAGAUAACGUGGGGUUCAUAGAAGCUUUUAAUAGGGAUGGGAGUUGGGGAUACAAGCUGGGGGUGAAUGAGUUUGCAGACCAAACUAAUGAGGAAUUCCAGGCAUCCCGUAAUGGGUAUAAGAUGUUGUCUCGGUUAGGAACGACGUCAUUUAGGCAUGAAAAUGUUAGUGCAGUUCCACUGGGUGUGGACUGGAGGGAGAAAGGAGUUGUUACCCCAGUCAAGGAUCAAGGCCAAUGUGGAAGCUGCUGGGCAUUUUCUGCAGUGGCAGCAAUGGAAGGGAUAAACCAACUUACAACUGGUAAAUUAAUCUCACUGUCCGAGCAAGAACUCCUGGACUGUGACACCAGCGGCGAAGACAAAGGUUGCAAUGGUGGUUACAUGGACAAUGCAUUUGAAUUUAUAUUGCACAACCAAGGCCUGACCACUGAAUCAAAUUACCCCUACGAGGGAGUGGAAGGAACAUGCAACGCGAAGAAGGCAGCCUCCCGCACUGCGAUGAUCAGCGGCUAUGAAGACGUGCCCACCAACGAUGAGAACGCACUAGUGAAGGCAGUGGCCAAACAACCAGUGUCCGUCGCCAUUGAUGCCGGCGGACAUGCCAUCCAGUUUUACUCAAGCGGCGUGUUCACAGGUCGCUGUGGAACCAAAUUGAACCAUGCAGUGACUGUAGUUGGAUAUGGAAAAAGUGAUGAUGGUACAAAAUAUUGGUUGGUGAAGAAUUCUUGGGGCUACGGAUGGGGUGAGGAUGGCUAUAUAAGAAUGCAAAGAGAUGUUAAUGCCAAAAAGGGCCUUUGUGGCAUUGCUAUGGAUGCCUCUUAUCCCAUUGCUUGA